CAGGGUUACUAACACAUAGUUAUUCAUCUCAACCUUUGGAGAGAGAUAAAAACAGAACAAGAGAGCAACAAGAAGAAGGAGAGCGAGCAGACGCGGCAGUGUUUUCUCCACAAUGACGGCUAAAACUCUGGAGAAAGUGCCGGUGAAUCUCGGGGGCUUCGUGCAUCCUGUAGCCGACAGUGUGUACUCGGUGGAUGACAUCUCCACCAGCUUGCCGACCUCUGUGGCAAUCUUCCCCAACACAGACUUAGGAGCGCAUUACGACCAGCUUAAUGUGACAGCAGAUGGCUUGAUGAGUGCAGACAUGAGUGUAGAGAAGCGCUCUCUGGACCUCUCCUCCUACUCCAGCGGCUUCUCUCAGCCCGCGCCCCACCGCAACCAGACCUUCACCUACAUGGGAAAGUUCUCCAUCGAUUCUCAGUAUCCCAGUAACUGGAACCCCGAGGGAGUUAUCAACAUCGUCUCGGGCAUCUUCAACAUGGCCCAGCCGCCUCCUCCUCCUCCUCCCUCUUCCUCAGCGUCCUCCUCCCCGGCAUCCUCAGGAUCUCCCAAUCACUUCUCCAGCGGAAAUUUGAGUUGCACCAUGGCGCAUCAGAGCCAGGCAGAGAUGGACCAUCAUCACCAUCUGUACUCAUCCCCGCCUCCUUACUCCACUUCUGGCUGCGGGGAUGUGUACCAGGACCCCUCUGCGUUUCUGUCCACCUCCACCUGCCCCAUCUCUUACCCGCCACCCUCAUACUCUUCUCCCAAGCAGCCCGGCAGCUCAGACGCGCUUUUCCCCAUCAUCCCAGACUACCCGAGCUUCUUCCAGCCGGCUUGCCAACGAGACAUGCACACAGCAGGUAUCCAAGACCGGAAACCGUUCGGUACAUGUCCACUCGACACAUUCCGAGUCCCUCCACCCCUUACGCCCCUGAACACUAUCAGGAACUUUACACUGGGGGGUCCGGGUAGCGGUGGCUCAGAGGUAGGGCCGCCGAGGAUCCCCUCUGCAUAUAGCCCACAGAACCUACCUCUGAGGCCGAUCCUGCGGCCCAGAAAGUACCCGAACAGACCCAGCAAGACGCCCAUCCACGAGCGACCUUACCCCUGUCCCGCAGAGGGUUGCGACCGGAGGUUUUCCCGCUCUGAUGAACUGACCAGACACAUCCGCAUCCACACUGGACACAAGCCAUUCCAGUGUCGGAUCUGUAUGCGCAACUUCAGCCGCAGCGACCACCUCACCACGCACAUCCGCACGCACACGGGAGAGAAGCCGUUCGCCUGCGACUACUGCGGCCGCAAGUUCGCCAGGAGCGACGAAAGGAAGAGACACACUAAAAUCCACCUGAGGCAAAAGGAGAGGAAGUCCUCCACUCUCUCUUCUUCGUCUUCCUCUUCAUCCAACAGCUCAGCACUGGAGAGGCAGUCUGGCGGCAUCAGUGCAACCAACGGGAUUUGUUCAUAGUUGGGAAAAGUUUGUUGUCACCAUGGCUGCUCGAGUCACACUAACCCCUAAAAAGAAAAGAACUCUCAAAUAACGAUUGUGAAACAGUUGUGAACUAAAGACAGUGGCCUAAGUAUCAGGAUGAGGAGAAACAAGAGCUUGCACGGUGCGCGCAGCUGUGCAGUUGUGCGCAAUUACGCACAUAAACCUAAUCCUGCUCCAGAACUGAAAGAAAGGCGGAUACGAAUGCACUUUGCCUGCACAGUCUACUGAACAUACACGUAAAUAUAGCCAUUCAUUCAUUAGAAUAUACAAGGACGGUUGUAAUAUAAAGGGGAACGGUUCCAAUGUGAAAUAACUGCAAUAACGUUUUAAAAAGAAUACUGUGUUUUAAGUUAUUGAAUUGACAAAGUGUUCAUUCUAACAUGUUUGUUGAUGACUAUAUUUCCCCUUUAGUGCCUUGCUGUGUGUGUUUUUGUACACUGACUGAUUCAAGGACGCUUCUAAUGCAAUGUAUAUUUGUCCUUUAAUAUGUAAAGUUGGAAGACAUUCUAUUUUUGUACACAUUUCGUCUCGUGUAACUCCAAGUGUUAAGCAACUGUGGUUCACGUGUAAAAACAAUGUUGAAGUGUAAAUAUGUUGAACUCAUACCGACCUGACAUUUUUAUUGUGAUGUGUGUUUUGAGACUUAUUAAAUGUAUAAGA